UACUACGACAUCUACUACAUCGACCACUACUGGAGAAGCGAUCACCUCGUCAACAAUGACAACUACUUUGUCCUCCUCUACAACUUCGACUACCGAUGUUACCGCGACUUCUACUACGACGCAUAGUCUCGGGGAAGAUGGGCUCGAUGAAUUGUCUUCUUCUAGUACUGCGACAUCUACUUCAUCGACCACUAUUGAAGAAGCUACCACGUCCACAACAGUGACAGCUACUUUGUCCUCCUCUACGACGCCGACUACCGAUGUUACCGCGACUUCUACUACGACGCAGAGUCUCGGAGAAGAUUUGCUCGGUGAAUCGCCCUCUUCUAGUACUACGACAACUACUGCAUCGACCACCACUGAAGAAGCGACCAUGUCCACAACAGUGACAACUACUUC